AUGUCUUCUUCAUCAUCAUCAUCAACUUCUGCAAACCCAGAUUGGGCAUGGUUACCAGAAAACACCCUUUUCCUGAUAAUAAGCCAUCUGUUUUUACUAUCAGACAUUUUCUCAUUUGGCAGUGUUUGCAGUAACUGGCAUUCAAUCUCAAAACACAGACUCAAAACCUUAAACAUCUCCACCAACAACAUCUUCUUCAAAAAAGGACUCCCUCUGCUUCUAAUCCCAACAACACCAACAACAGAUAGUGAUGGUGAAAACACUGAAAACACGCGCAGUCUUUACAACCCUGCAACUGGUGCAACCAUAUCUGAUCUGAACUUAUCUGUACCGUACAAUAACAGGUGCAUUGGUUCAUCUCAUGGUUGGCUAAUCUUUAUCGAAAAUGUUUCGUUCUCAGUGACGUUGUUCAACCCUUUUUACUUCGGUAACAGUAAAGCAGGAACCAUAAAACUCCCACCAUUUCAAGAAGCAGGAGUUGUUAGACAAAUGACACAGGCAUUUGAGUGUGAUUUCUUCUCUGAUUAUUUCAUCUGUAAGGCUAUUUUGUCAGCCGAUCCGUGUUCUUGUAACGAUGAUGGUUAUAUUGUUAUGGUGAUCCAAGGAGACGAGAGGCGUUUGUCUUACUACAAGUCCGGGGAUGCAGCUUGGACGUACAUCCAACCGGACCAACAGGUAUUUUUCGACAUCAUAUACCACCAAACAUACUUCCUAGGAGUCAACUUCUGGGGCGAGGUUUACACAUGUGAUGUCAAGUCCAACACCCCAACAUUCAUGCGUGUGACCGAGUCCGUACCCGGCCCGUUAGGAGAGACAACCCGAAGAUACAUAGUCGGGUCACCAGACGGUUGCACCCUCCUACAAGCUGUGAGACUAGUACACACCUGUCACUGUACUGAAAAUGACCCCAUUAUAGGCACAAGUGCGUUCAAUGUCUACAGGAUGCAGGCUAAGACGGGCACGGGCACGGGCACGGGCACGGGCACGGGUACGGGUACGGGUACGGAUUUGUUCGAGUGGGUCCCGGUUAACAGUAUUGAAGAUGGGGCGUUGUUUUUGGGAGAUAAUUACUCUACUUUUGUUAAACCAUCUGAGUUUAAAAACAUAAUUAGUAAUUCCAUUUAUUUUACUAGUGAUUAUCAUGAUGUUUCUGCUAUGUAUCAUAAGCCUUAUCAGUUUGGUGGAUAUAAGGAUAAUGGGAUAUUUUUGAUUAAGGAUAAUAUGAUCCUUAAUCAUUAUGUUUCACCACCUGAAAAUAAGAAUCUGCCACCUCCUAUUUGGAUUCUUCCCACCAUAUAG